AUGACGUGUCCCGAAGACGACGCCCUGAGGAAGUACCAGCAUCACAUCUAUGCCAUCAUCUACGCGGUGAUCCUGGUCCCCGGGCUCAUCGGGAACACUCUGGCUCUCUGGGUGUUCCACGCCUACGUGAAGGAGACGAAGAAGGCCGUCAUCUUCAUGAUAAACCUUGCCAUAGCUGACCUGCUGCAGGUCUUGUCGUUGCCUCUGCGGAUUUACUACUAUCUGAACGACUCCUGGCCCUUUGGCCAUUUCUUCUGCAUGUUCUCCUUCUACCUGAAGUAUGUCAACAUGUACGCCAGCAUCUUCUUCCUGACCUGCAUCAGUGUGAGACGCUGCAGGUUAAUCAUCUACCCGCUGCGUUUUAACACGUCCAAGAGGUGGCGUGACCGGACCUGGUGCGCCCUUGGCUGGUUCCUGGUCUGUCUGGGAUGUCUGCCGUUCCCUCUGCUCAGAAGGGGCAACGGCAUCGAAAGCAACGGGACGACUCGGUGUUUCUCUGAGCUGCCCAUGGUUACUUUGGACAAGGCCAGCGGUCUGUCUUUGUUGACGGUGGCAGAGCUGAUGGGUUUCCUGUUGCCGUUGGCUGUGGUGCUGACCUGCACGUGGCUGACGGCCGGGAGCCUUCGGGAGAAGAACUGCGUGCUGCAUGAUCUCGGAGAGAAAAGCAAGGCCCUCAAGAUGGUGCUGAGCUGCACCUGUGUCUUCCUCAUCUGCUUUGUGCCCUAUCACAUCACUUUCCCCCUCGACUUCCUGGCCAAGUCGGCCAUGGUCAGCUGUACCUUCAGGAGUGCCAUCUUGCACUGCCACCCUCUGACCCUGUGUCUUGCCAGUCUCAACUCCUGCCUGGACCCGGUGAUGUACUACUUCACCACUGACGAGUUCAAACGCCGCCUGUCCAGGCCGGAGCUGUCCGAGAGCUUCCAGCUCGCCCGCAGGAUCUCCUGUGCCACAAACGAGGAGAAGCCUCCAGAGACAGAGGACGAGGGCCACCAGCGCGUAAAGGCUGUACCUGGGCCGCAUUACCAUCCCAGUAAUCUACUGGAAUUUACCACGGCCGGGGUCGCGCACCAUUGUUCCCCCGUGCUUAACGUGGACGCAGGAGAUGUUCCCAGUGCGGCCAGUGCGAGGUCAGAGCCGAAGCCGCCCAGUGUGGAGCCUGUUAGCGACACGGGGCUGGACAGCCAUCAAAGGAACGCCGCUCCGCCUGGGCUGGCUCCGUCAGGAGGAGUUAGCCCCGUGCUCCGGCUAGACUGGCAUUCCAGUCACAACUCCCCAGGAGCACACUCUUCCACCCUCCACCUCCCCACCCCUCCAAACAAGAUUAAACGAAAGUGCCCAUGGCCUUUACCUGGGACCCCACAUCUGUCUGCCAGGAAGUCAUGUGGAACAAACAGCUUUUAUUUCAAGUUAUGGAUCAAAUGA